AUGUCACUUCCGACAAAACUCUUUGAAACUGAACAUUUCUCUACCUGGCGGCAAUUAGAAGUGGUCGACUCUCAUACAUGCGGCCAGCCAACCCGUGUUAUCCUGGGUGGGGCGGGCAUCGCUCCGGGCAUGACGCCCCGAGACGCGCAGAGCUACCUCGAAGAUAGUGCGCCCUGGGUGCGCAGGGCGGCCAUUCUGGAGCCCCGGGGCCAUCGGAGCAUGUUUGGCGCGGCCGCCAUUGCGCCUCCCGCCUCCCAACCUUGGGGCGUUGUUUUCAUGGAUGCAAAUGGAUAUCCUGAAAUGUGUGGUCAUGCAACAAUUGGCAUUGCGACCACACUUUGCGAGCUUGGGCUUGUGCAGCCUAGUGGUGAUCAUGAUGGCCAAAACGGCUCAUUUUCCUUUGGCCUCGAAUCCCCUGCAGGGCGCUUGAAUUUGGAGGCAGUCAUUGUCAACGGCCGCUGCGAGUCUGUCAGCUUUCAGACACCUCUUGCGCACUUUGUCGGCUCUGUCGAUAUUACGCUAGAUACGGGAGUUUUUGCGCAGGUCGAUGUUGCCUAUGGAGGCCAAUACUAUGCUUUCAUUCCUUCUGUUGCGGCUGGCCUGGAUAUUGUGCCCGACAGUAUAGAUGGCCUGAUAUCGGCUGCCAUGUCUGUGCGCGAUGAGCUUGCCAGGCAGUUCAGCAUUACGGACAAGAGCACUGGAAAAGUACCGGAAAUUGGCAAUAUUCUUUGGACACAGGAGUCUCACAGCAAGGAUGCAGACGCAAGAAAUGUUCCCAUCUCAAAGGCGGGAUCUUUUGACAGAUCUCCAUGCGGCACGGCCACUUGCGCUCGCAUGGCUGUACUUGUGGCGAAAGGGAAGCUCUCAGUGGGAGAAACAUUUGUUAACGAAAGUAUUCUUGGUACAUUGUACCGGGGUCAUGUAACUGCCAUGCACCCUCAUGUGCCCAACGGUAUUAUUCCUCGAGUAAGUGGAAGUGCUUGGUUGACAGCUCGGUCGUGUCUAUUUGUUGACCCUCGAGAUCCACUGGGAGCGGGUUAUCUGGUUGGUGGAGGCGUCGCAGUCCUCUGA